AUGACUACUCGAUCGGUUCCAAGUAUCUUCCAAGAAUUUGACACCCACUGCUUUGUGCGUCAGGCUGUUGAGCCAAAGGCUCCGGGCGGAGUCCCUCAAGCAAACCUCCGAAGCACAACGACCACCUCGCGUGCGAUUGCCCACCAAUGCAAUCGGAUGCCUGUGCGCAAAGCACUCAGCAUCGGAUGCUGGAACAUGCGCACACUACUGGAGUGGAACUUCAGUGAGUGCCCCGAGCGACGCACUGCACUCGUCGCGAUGGAGCUGGCACGCUACCACAUCGAUAUUGCGGCGCUCAGUGAAACCCGACUCGCUGAGCAAGAUAAGUUGCAUGAAACAGGUGCUGGCUACACAUUCUACUGGGUGGGCAACGCCGCCUCAGCACCACGUGAUCAUGGGGUCAGAUUUGCAAUAUCCGAUCGCCUCCAUGGUCAGCUGGUGGGUGAACCAACAGGCAUCAUCGCGCGACUGAUGACUGUUCGCCUACGACUCGGAAGAGGUAAGUUUGCUACUUUUAUAAGCACGUACGGUCCGACCAUGUGUUAUCCUGAUGACACGCGUGAUCAGUUCUACACUGAGCUAUCCUCCCUGAUACGGUCUGUGCCGAGGAGCGACCGACUAUUUCUGCUGGGUGAUUUCAACGCGCGCGUUGGGCGCGAUGCGUCGGUGUGGGCAGAUGUUAUCGGUUCGCAUGGCAUUGGUUCAGCGAAUGCGAACGGUGACAGGCUGCCCUCACUGUGUGCCACUACGACCUGA